AUGUCUUGCCACACGUGCAGUAAAUCUGUGAGAUCGAGCAACGAUGCAGUCACCUGUUGCGACUGCAACAACAAAUUUCACGGCAACUGUGUCGGUUUGAAAACGGGCGACCUCAAGUAUAUAACCGACAACAAAAAGACAUGGAGGUGUGAAUCCUGUACCAGAGAGAAGAGAAGGAGUAUCGCUUUCGAGACUUCCAUGUCUUCGGACGACAUCUCGCUGAAACAAGUGGUCCAGAUGAUUAGCGAAGUACGAGCAGACAUCCGACGAAUGGAACUAGAUUUGGGAAAAUCCAUAGAUUCGUGUCAUGAAGACGUGGCAGAUAUCCUUCAUAAGUUUGAAAAACAGGAGGAGCAGCUUGCACUAUGCCUUGAAAAAAUUGAUUCUCAGGCGUUAGAAAUCAAUAUCCUGAAAAAACAAAAUCAUAACCUACAACGAGCUGUAUCCGAUCUUCAGCAGUAUACGCGCUCCAACUGCCUCGAGCUACACAACUAUCCACAGGAAAAGAACGAGGACUUGAUCGGUGUAGUGAAAUCUGUGAGCAAGGCGUUAGGACAUGAGCUUACGGAUAUGCAAAUUGACAAUUGUCACCGCCUCCCAACGCGCGACCAAAAAAAAACUCCGCCGAUUAUUAUCAAACUCACAAGGAGAAUUGACAAAGAGGAAAUUCUACGAAGGCGCCGAGUGAAGAGAGAUUUUUCGACCCGUCACUUAAAUCUUCCUUCCGACAUUCCUCUGUACGUGAACGAGAGCCUCGCUCCAGAAAGAAGAAAAGUGUUAGCCCUGGCGAAAGUUGCAAAAACUGAAAAAGCGUACAAAUACCUAUGGAUACGAAAUGGAAAGAUUCUCAUGAGGAAAAGUGAUGGAAAACCGGUAAUAUCUCUUGAGACAGUUGAUGACCUAGAUAAACUGGAAACAACGAAAAGCAAACAGCGUGGUGUAAGUGAUGAAUCCGUCAAUCUAACUGAUGCAGGUAAUGAUGAAUCAAGUGUAUUAAUUAAUGAAUAA